AUGGGAAACUUGGGAAAGCUUACCUAUCUGAGCCUUUUCAGUAACAAGCUUACAGGUUCCAUCCCUCCAGAAGUUGGAAUGCUAAGGUCUCUCAGUGUACUUUAUUUGAGUGAAAACAAUUUGACUGGUGCAAUUCCUACUUCAAUUGAGCACCUAGCCAACCUAACUAUAUUUCACCUCCACAGGAACAAAAUUUUUGGGUUCAUUCCCCAAGAAAUUGGAAUGCUAAGGUCACUCGCUAAACUCGACUUAUCAGAAAACAGUCUAACAGGUUCAGUCCCUCAUUUCAUAGGAAAGUUGGGCAAGCUUACCGUUCUGAGCCUUUUUGCCAACAAGCUUACAGGGUCUAUCCAUCCAGAAGUUGGAAUGCUAAGUUUUCUCUGUGUACUUUAUUUGUACGAUAAUGAUUUCACCUGUGCAAUUCCUUCUUCUAUUGAGAACCUAGCCAACCUCACUCAACUGUACCUCUACAAUUACAUCGAUUUGAGUUACAAUAAAUUGUAUGGUCAGUUGUCUCAAAAGUGGGGUAUCUGCCAUAAUUUGACUAGCGUGAAGAUCUCCAACAACAACCUUUAUGGAAGAAUACCACCAGAACUUGGAAAGGCAACUCAGCUGCGUGUACUAGAUCUUUCUUCACAUCAUCUGGUCGGGGAGAUUCCAACAAAUUUGGGGAAGCUGGCCUUAUUGUUGGACCUGAUUUUGAAUAAUAACAAGCUUACUGCCAACAUUCCGCCACAAAUAGGCAUGUUGUCUGAGCUGACACUUCUUUACACGGCAAAAAAUAAUCUAAGUGGCAUGAUUCCGGAACAAGUAGGAGAGUGCACACAAAUAUUGCACUUGAAUUUCUGCAAAAAUACUCUUGGAGUAAGUAUUCCUUCUCAGAUAGGGAAUUUAAACUUCCUUGAAAAUCUUGAUUUGAGUCGAAAUCAGCUAAUAGGUGAGAUACAGUGGCAACUUGGAGAAAUGCAAAGGCUAGGAACAUUAAAUUUUUCCCACAAUGAGUUCAUUGGUUCCAUUCCAUCCACCUUCAAUCAAAGAGUAAGUUUGAAAUCUAUUGACAUAUCUUACAAUCAAUUGGAGGGUCCCCUUGCCGCCAUCGUAGCCUUUCAAAAAGCUCCAUCUGAGGCAUUAGCACACAAUAAUGGUUUAUGUGGCAAUGCCACUGGUUUAACUCCAUGCUUCCCUAUGAAGGAGAAAGAGGCCAAUGAGAUUCGGCAUAGGAAUGUCGUGAAGCUUUAUGGAUUUUGUUCGCACACACGACAUUCAUUCUUGGUUUAUGAGUUCUUGGAAGGGGGAAGCUUGAGGAAGUUGCUAAGCAAUGAUGUGCAAACAAUGCAACUUGAAUGGAUUAAGAGGAGUCACAUAUCUGAUUUUGGUACUGUAAGUUUGUUAAAGCCCGACUCUUCUAAUUGGACUUCAUUUGCUGGAAUUUUGGGGUAUGCAGCUCCAGAACUUGCUUACACAAUGCAAGUGAAUGAAAAAUGCGAUGUUUAUGGCUCUGGAGUACUAUCAUUGGUAGUGAUUAUGGGGAGGCAUCCUAGUGAUAUCAUGUCAUCCUUAUCAGCAUCAUCGUCAAACUCAAUCGGCCAUGGCGUACUUUUGAAGGAUUUGCUUGACCAACGCCUUUCUCCUCUAGAGAAGCAAGUGGCAGAAGAAGUGGUGUUUGUUGUAAAUCUUGCAUUUGCAUGUCUGCACCCCAAUGCAGCAUCUAGGCCAAAAAUGAAAGAAGUUUCUGUGUGGCUGUCGAAAUCAAAAACAAGUCUGUAG